AAUUAGUGGCGGGAAGAAAGCUAAGCUAACAGACGGGGAAGGAUAAGCAAGCAGUCCAUGGCCACAGGAGUCCGAAGCCAUCAGCACAUCAGCCAUGCAACAACCGCAGCUGCAGCCCCGCGUCCGCGCGCGCGCUUUCCUCCACGCCGCCGUUAAGCUCAGCCCGAGGAGGAACCCGUUCCUCCUGCGCCGUCCCGCCGCGUCCGCCGGCGGCGCCGUCGCGGGCGUCCAGCUGACGGUGUCGGACUCGGAGCUGUCGUCCCGGGGCUUCGCGGUGCGGCGCACCGCGGAGGGCCUGGACGUGGCGGCGCUGAACGAGGUGUUCGCGCGCGUGGGGUUCCCUCGGCGGCAGGAGGAGCGUCUCCGGCGCGCGCUGGAGCACAGCGAGGUGGCAUGGCUGGCGUCGGAGGCGACGGGGCGCCCCGUGGCGUUCGCGCGCGCGGCCGGGGACGGGGUGUUCAACGCGGUUGUGUGGGACGUGGUGGUGGAGCCGUCGUGCCAGGGCCUCGGGCUCGGCCGCGCCGUCAUGGAGCGCCUCGUGGCGGAGCUCCGGCGCAAGGGCGUCGGCAACAUCGUGCUCUACGCCGAGCCCAGGGUGGUCGGGUUCUACCGCCCGCUGGGAUUCGCCAUGGACCCCGACGGCAUCCGAGGCAUGGCAUACUACCGCAGCAAGCAAAACCAGAAGCAACAGUGAUAUAUACUGCCAUCAUCAUUCAUCCAUGCAUCUCUGCUUUGCAUUUCUUUCUUUCUUUAUUUUUCGUUUGUUCUGCCAGCUGAUGGGAUGGAGACAGAUCGGAAAUGUUGAAAUUGAUCGAUACACUUAACACUGCUGCAUUGCAGAGUACAUGAGUAUAUAUGAGAUGGAUGAUGGAACUGACCAUCUGAA